UCUGCUCCUGGCGCGAGUCUCGUGACCACUAUUAUCUCGUGUCUGGCAACAAGGAGUGGUCCGACAGCUUCCUGCGCAAACGCUUGGUCGAUGUACGUACUUCCGGCCGCUAGCAAUGCACGAGCAUCACUGGCAGUAAUUGUGCAGGCCGACAUUGCCAUCAUAACUCACUUCCAUCCCGGCUAUAUCACCAAGGACCUCCUCGACAAGAUAUGUCGUACACGCCUUAUACCACAUUUCGACUGGAUGGAGUGUUCGGUCGCCAGUAAAGGUUAGGAGCAAGCCUCCAAGCAGCUAUUUCCAUAACUGGUACAGCUGAGGUCGUAUGCUCAAUACCAGCUGUCCUGUCAUACAUUAUACAGGGCGUCCAC